GUCCUACUUCAAUUCAAGCCUUUGAUCUUGGAGGAUUUUUUGUACCUGGGGAAUUAGAUCGCAAAGCCAACUGAAAUUUUAGAAAUACUUAAGAUUGAACCUUCAUAAAGAAUGAUUUACCUUUGCUGGACUACUCAAAGCCAGUGGCUUAGACGUGGUCUAUAAACUUGACUACUGUGCUAUGAAGACCUCAAAAAGCAGCUUCAUCCUUGGGACAUUCACGUUUGCUUUCUGCCUGCCUUCGGCAGUUUCUCUCGAGACUGUUACCAUCCCAGAGAAGCUCAAGUCAGCUACGGUUAAAGUCUCUGUCAGCACCACAUCCUGCAGCGUCACCUGUGGGCUAGGCUUCAAGGUGGAGGAAAUGUGUGAGAUUGGUUCUGAUGGGGAAAGGAGGCACUGUACCUUUCGCAGGUCAGACUGUCUGACCAGCUGGAUCUGUGGAUUACUCCACUUCACUGUUCGUGUUGGUAAACCAUUUGAGCUUAGCUGCCUGACUUCUGAGAUGAUUGGCAUUGGUAGCCAGGCCUUUAUCUACACCUGGAGGCUUGCCAGAGGCAUUAUCACCACAAAUGACAUACUUUUCAAGCCUAUCAAGACCCCUAGUUACGUCAUCAAACUUUCCCCUGCCAAGGAAUCUGAUGCAGGGACUUACCGAUGUGACGUGCAGCUGAUGAAGACAUUCAAGCUGGUCAAGAGGAUCUAUUUUGGGCUCAGGGUGAUCCCUACUGACUUAAUAGAGCUGAACUUCUACAAAUCCUUGACCCUGGAACAGAAACUUGCUGAAUACAAAAAGGAAGGAAACGGGGGGAACGGCACCAGUUUCCUGUCACAAUGGCAGCAGGACUCCUGGCAAAGAAGGGCCUUGUUUGUGUUCCUGGUAGGGAUUGGAAGUGGGGUAACAGCAGGUAUCUUGGUGGGUGCGGUCCUCUUCUUUUUGCUAAAGGCUCGCAGAAAAAACGAAGCCAUAGAGGGAUGAGUUGCAUUUUUAAAUUUUGCUUACUUCAGAAGGACAGCUUAGUAUUAGUAUUUCAUACUGCUGUUGGGCUGGUUUCUUUUGGAUAAACAUUGCUUUAGGUAUUAAAGCAACAACAUAAUCUUGGGUCAUGGUGGCUUUUGGGUUCAACAGUUUUAAGCAACAUGGAUCUUUCACUUUCAGGAGAGUCUAUCAAGUUGAGUUGUCAAACCUUUUAUUUUUCAUCUGCCUUUACAAUAGUUCACGUGGACUCUGCCCAGGACUGUAGGCUCUGUGCAAGCACAGAGUGAAGCAAUCCUUCCACCAAAGGACUUCGAAUUGAAACAAAGCCAACGGGGUAGGAGGGGAAAUGGACAUUAAUAUUAUACAUUUGAUCAUAUAUAAUAUUAACAUUUGAAGCAUACCACAGGCAUCCUUUGUGAUCUCUCUAGGAAAACAGAGAAGAUACUUUAUUGUAGAAAGAGCUGAAUGUACAAGUAAAUAAGUUCUCUGCAAAGCAUAGUAUGUAAUCAGACUAAAAUACCCUACGUACAACUUAAUGGGUCCACUGAUGCAGCGGAGUUGUGCCAGUGUACUAAGUGGAAGCUGAAACCUCGGAAAUACUAUUGCUUUGGUUACAGAGUUGAAAUAAAUGACUGGCCAUUACUACUCGGCUGAAAUUUGUUAUGGAAAUUGAAGCCUACU